AUGGAACAUCUGAUUUUAGAAUGUAUCUAUCCCGAUGGUAGUCGAUAUAAAGGAAAUCUCAGAGGGGGUAAGAGACAUGGACGUGGUACCUACGAUUAUGUCAAUGGUGAGAAAUAUGAGGGCGAAUGGGCUGAUGAUCAAACAAAUGGAAUGGGAAUUCGCAACUUUCCCAAUGGAAAUCGAUAUGAAGGAAAUGAAAGAAAUGGUAAGCGGCAUGGUUAUGGUAUCUACUAUUUCGUCAAUGGAGAGAAAUAUGAGGGCGAUUGGGCCAAUGAUAAAAAGAGUGGAAGUGGAAAAUAUACAUGGCCGCAAAACCUUCAAUAUGAAGGAACGUUCAGAGAUGAUAAAAAGCAUGGACAUGGUAUAUUAAGGUUCGCCAGUGGUCGUGUUCGACAAGGCAUUUGGGAAAGUGACAAAUUUAUUGGUUGA